AUGCCCGAAGCUCCAACUGGUACAGGUGCAACGACACCGACGAUCACACCCGAGGUCGCCGCGAUCUUCCAAAACAUCCAGCACUGUAUCAAUCUCCGUGAGAAGUACAUCAAGCUUAGUAACCAGCGUGAUGGAGAUAACCCCAGAGACGAGGUCGGCAAGUGGAAGGUGUACCCUCCCACUCCGAAUCACCCUCCAAAGCAAAGUAUCCCUGAGGCGGUCGGCGCGGACUUUGACUUUGAGAAAUGUGAGAUCCCGGGUAGCCAUGAGUAUGCGUGGGAGAUGGACAGGUCUGGUGUAUACCAAGUCUCUCGCUCUGAUAACGAAAAGAUCGUGGAUGUACCGACCAUCAGGGAUUAUUACCUCGAUCUGGAAGCCAUCUCUGAGAUCGCAAGUGACGGUCCCGCGAAGAGUUUUGCGUUCAGACGGUUACAGUACCUCGAGGGCAAGUGGAAUAUGUACAUCCUUCAGAACGAGUUCGAGGAACUGGCUGCUACCAAAAGAGUUCCUCAUCGUGAUUUUUAUAAUGUGCGAAAGGUGGAUACCCAUAUUCACCACUCCGCUUGUAUGAACCAGAAGCACUUGCUCCGGUUCAUCAAGUCGAAGUUGAAGAAGAGUCCUGAAGAAAUGGUUAUCUUCCGUGAUGGCAAACACCUCACUCUCCGCGAAGUAUUCGACUCGCUCUCUCUUACCGCCUAUGAUCUUUCUAUCGACACCCUCGAUAUGCACGCACACAAAGACUCUUUCCACCGAUUUGACAAGUUCAACUUGAAGUAUAACCCAAUCGGAGAAUCUCGUUUGCGUGAGAUCUUCUUGAAGACGGAUAACUAUAUUCAGGGAAGGUACCUCGCGGAGUUGACGAAGGAGGUAAUCGGGGAUAUGGAGGUAGGGAAAUAUCAGAUGGCCGAGUACCGAAUCUCGAUUUAUGGACGAUCUGUUGACGAAUGGGACAAACUCGCAGCUUGGGUUAUCGACAACAAGCUCUUCUCUCACAACAUCCGUUGGUUGAUCCAGAUUCCCCGUCUCUACAACAUCUACAAAUCCUCCAAUAUCGUCUCUAACUUCGCCGACGUCAUCCGUAAUAUCUUCGAACCUCUCUUCGAAGUCACAAAAGACCCUGCCUCUCACCCUAAACUCCACAUCUUUCUCCAGCGCGUGAUCGGAUUUGACUCUGUCGACGACGAAUCAAAGAACGAGAGACGUAUUUGGAGAAAGUACCCGGAGCCGAGGGAGUGGGAUAAUGCGCAGAACCCGCCGUACAGUUACUGGAUUUAUUUCAUGUAUGCGAAUAUGACGAGUUUGAAUGCGUGGAGGAAGGAGAGGGGGUUCAAUACGUUUUUGUUGAGGCCUCACUGUGGUGAGGCGGGUGAUAGCGAGCAUUUAGCCACUGCGUUCUUGACUUGUCAUUCGGUGAGUCACGGUAUCAUGCUCCGCAAGGUGCCAUUACUCCAGUACCUCUUCUACCUCCAGCAAAUCGGUAUCGCCAUGUCACCCCUCUCGAACAACGCCCUCUUCCUCGCCUACGAGCGAAACCCACUCCCAUCCUUCUUCCGCCGCGGUCUAAACGUUUCGCUCUCCACCGACGAUCCCCUCCUCUUCCACUUCACCAAGGAGCCCCUUAUGGAAGAAUUCUCCGUCGCUGCACAGAUCUGGAAAAUGUCAUCAAUGGACAUGUGCGAGCUCGCACGGAACUCUGUGUUGCAGUCUGGAUGGGAGAUGGAGGUUAAACAGCAUUGGUUGGGCAAGAAUUGCUAUAACCCCGGGCCGGAGGGGAAUGAUAUCCAAAAGACGAACGUGCCGGAUUUGAGGCUGAAGUAUAGGUGGGAUAUGUUGAAGGCUGAGUGUGAUCUUGUAAAUGGACGGUUCAGGACUGCGAUGAACUGA